AAAAUGUCGGAUUGGGCGACCUGUCUGCUUUUGGAUUGGUGACUGCAGUGAUUGGCCAUUGGCUAUUUUCGAUUCAAAGGCGCUUAUUUUGUUUUCCAAACAUUUAAUUGGUUUAUUUGUAAUUUUCCGAAAUUUUUAAAGCAAAGCGCUGAAAAUCCGAUUCAUUAUGUCGGCGAAUGUUUAUUUCGUCAAUGCAUCUGAUGUGAGCGAUGAUAAGACCGAUGGUAUUUCUCAAUGUGUGGACGAUCAGAGUCAAACACAAAGCGAGGCUCAAAAUGCCUUGGGUACCUUUUGGACAAAAGUUAUGGAAGAAAUUAAAUCUAUUAGAACGAUGGAUUUGAAACAACAAGUCCUUCCUCUAGCUCGAAUUAAAAAAAUUAUGAAAUUAGAUGAGGAUGUCAAAAUGAUUUCAGCUGAAGCUCCACUUCUAUUUGCCAAAGCUGCUGAAAUAUUCAUACAUGAGCUUACGUUAAGAGCAUGGAUCCACACAGAAGACAAUAAAAGGAGAACACUACAGAGAAAUGAUAUUGCAAUGGCUAUAACAAAAUAUGAUCAGUUUGACUUUCUAAUUGAUAUUGUGCCAAGGGAUGAUAUAAAAACCACUAAAGUCCGUGAUGAUACAAGAACAUCUAGUUCAGAUCAGGUCCAAUAUUAUUUUCAAUUAGCACAGCAACAUAACGCCAAUUUACAACAAAAUUCAUCAAAUAAUUCUAAUACAAUCACCACUGCUACAACAGGUAGUCCAUCUAAUACUAUACAAAUUGUUCAGCCGCAACAGGUUCAGACUGUGCAAGUUAGUGCAGUAGACCAGAAUGGUUCUCCAACUUCUUCAGGAACACAGCAAACUCCAGUUCUAAUUCAACAGGCAUCACCAGUUAGUCAAAAUCAAACGGGAAAUAUACAGAUUUUCCAACAAAUUGUUACACCUAAUGGUGAAAUUCAGCAGAUACCACUGAACCUUAGCCCCCAACAAUUGCAAAUGGUUAAAAUGCAUGUGCAAGGAAAUUCUUCACAACCAGUCAUUAUUCAAGCUGCUCCAAUUGCUGCAGCUCAACCUCAAUUGAUUCAGGUUGCAUCUCAGGGAGCUGGUCCCCAACAAGUCUUUUUAGCACAAAGUAAUGGAGGUGGAGAAACAGAAUGAAAUUAGAUAUGUUCAUUUUUAUACGAGUAUUAUUCAUUUGAAUACAUUGUAAUAUAAUAUUUCUGUAACUGAUCUCACUGUCGAAUCAUUAAAUUCUUUGACUAAU